AUGGCAAACGCGUUGAUGACUCACAGAAUCCGUGUCCCACCAGAAGAAGUCGGUACCGGAUUGGGUGACAAUGCGAUCCGUAUUUGGGUGUCGAGUGGUGGCCAACAGAUCUCUCUGAUUAAGACAUUGAGUGACAUUGAGAAUCAAUUGCGACGCCUAUUUGGGACCAAUUGCGGUGACACUUCGCAAGACAUGCACCGAAAGCGGUAUAACGUAUCGCACUCUUCGCUGUCCACGAGUUGCCUAUCGCUCGAGACGUCCAGUGGUUACAGCGGUUCCCAUCGCGACGUGUCCUACAACUCGACCAUCUCGUGGACCGACAACUACUCCGUCAACAGAGACCUAUCGAAACCGCUGUCUCUGUGGNCACUCAGUUUCCCCGCACACCAUGGGGUCUAUUACUACAUCGCUGUGGCUCUGGUCGACGAACACGACUACUCGGGACCCGUUUCCGACACCAUUAUCAUUGGCAAUAGUCUGGCCUCAAGUUCGGUGAUAAUCGAGAAGAAGAGUGCCAUAGGAGUGGUGAUAGGGAUCGGCGUUAUUGUGGUGGCGCUGACGGUAGCGUUGACUGUGUUUGUGAUGAGACACCGACGCCUUCAGCGAAGUUUCCUGUCGUUCGCCAGCAGUCACUACAACACCCGCUCGGGUUCCGCCACUUUCACCACUAAUGACGGCUUAGAAGAGGAGGACGAGUCGCCGGUGUUUCGCGGCUUUUCAGACGACGAGCCCCUCGUUUUGGCCUAAAAACCCAUUCAUCUCCUCAUACGUUGUGAUCGAUUCAUACAAUUCGUGAAAUACUUGUGUUUCGGAGUCUUUUGAACACAUUUCUAGACAAUUAUUACGAGAUUUUAUAAAUUUAUUAAAUUUAUUACUAUAUUAUGUUUUUUCAUAUUUAAUACGAAC